AUGGCGGCCACCCAAGUCCGUGGCGUUCACCUUGUGGGCAGCGUCUGCCUCCCUUCUACCGAGGAUGUGUUCCGCCAAAGCGUGGAGCUACUUCCCGACAGACUACGACGCAUCCCCGACGGUGAGACGCAGCAUCGUCAAAAUUUCACCUUUUGGCAGCUUGCCGUCUUCCAGGCUGUGCCUCAGAUCCUCCGUCAAUACGAUGCCACCAUGAGCACAGUUCCCGUAGAUCCUGUUCCUUCAGACGAGGAAAUCCAGCGAGCCGUCAAGAGCCUCCCGGAGCUUCACACUGGCUACGACGUGGUUGCCAUUGAGUCUUACCAAACUUUCACCAAGCUUCGCCAGGAAGGAGUGAUUCCGAAAGGCGUCAAAUUCCAGGUCUCUCUCCCCACCCUGCCCAAUGUCCUGGUACUCGUCGCCGAGCCCUACCAAGCUGCUGUUGAGCCACUCUAUGAAGCUGCUCUUCUGCGCGAUCUGCGGAAGAUCGAGCAAGCUAUCCCGCCCGAGGACCUCACCAUUCAGUGGGACGCUGCUUCGGAAUUUGCCAUGCUGGAAGGCGCCGUUUGGCCGCACUUCAAGCCGUGGUUCUCGCCAGUCCGGGAGCAUCUCGAUCAACAGCUUGCACGUCUUACAAAUGCCGUCAGUCCACAGGUCGAGAUGGGCGUUCACCUCUGCUAUGGAGACCUCGGUCAUCGCCACUUCUUCGAACCAAAAGACAUGGGCCUUCUCGUUGACGUGGCAAACACUCUCAAGAAAAACACGCAAAGGCCCAUAACUUAUUUCCACAUGCCCGUUCCUAAGGAAAGAGAUGACGCCGCGUACUUCGCCCCUCUCAAGAAUCUUGAAUUGGGUUCGACCGAGUUGUAUUUGGGAGUGGUUCAUGCUGGCGAUGAGGAGGGAACGCGCCGCAGAAUCGCGACAGCUUCGCAGCUAGUUAAAGACUUCUCCAUCGGAACUGAGUGCGGCAUGGGAAGGACUCCGCCUGAGGAUUUUGCAUCUAUCAUGUCUAUCUCCUCUGCCGUUUCCUCCCCGCUCUCAGCCUCGGAUGCGAAUGGCUCCCUUGACGGACUGGCCAAUGGUUCCUCAAAGAACUAG